UGCAAACAAAGAUGAAUCGAACUGGAUACUCAUAAAAUAGAAAAAUGGGCAACCGACCAUCCUGUGCUCGCAAGCAAAACAAUACUAAUACCGAGAAAAAUCUUGAUUCAAGUGUAAAUAAAUCACCUUCAAAUACAAAACACAAUUCCGAAACUGAAAAGGAACUACCUAAAACUCAGCCCGUACCAAAAAGUAGUAAAAGUCAAGAGUUAAAUAAAACAGACUCAAAAAGUAGUAAUUCUUCUAAAAUAAAACCCAAAACAUCCAAAACUACAACUAGUCAACACAAACCACAACAACAGAAGAAAAAACCCACAACUGAAACAGAUUAUGAUGAUGAAGAGUUUUCCUUAUCAAAAUUACGUGCUAGAAAUCAGGCCGCUGCUCAAAAUAAUCCGCCUGCACAUCCUACACAUUUAAAACCGGGAAUAUCAUAUGCGGAUGCCGCGAGAUCUGCUAAUGAAAUUAAAAUUUGUCCUCUCAAUCCGCAACAGCCUUCAGGAUCUGCGCAUACACAAGAAACGGAUUAUGAGAAUGAAGAGUUUUCUUUAGCAAGAUUAUAUGCAAAUAAAAAUACUAAACCGCCCUCAAAUCAAAAAAUAAAUGAAACAAAAGAAACUACUCAACAAAAAAAAUUAAAUCCUGAGCCUUCUAAAGUAACACCUGGAAUAUCGUAUGCUGAUGCAUUACGCACGUCUGACAUAAACCAACUAAAACAAAAGAAAGCCCAAUUGAAAUCCGUUUCGAGUUUCUGCUUGCUAUGUCAAAAGCAAAAACCACCUCUUGUUAAGGAUCACUUGGAUGCAAGAAUCAAACAACUCAUUGGCAAUCAUCCAGCUAAGACGGUGACACUGACUCUUACUCUACAAACUAAUGGCAUAUUCCACAUUAACAUCUCACUAUCAGAAGCUGGAAAUUACAUUGGAUGUUUGUUGGCUACUGAAAAUGCAAUUUCCACAUUGUCGAGGACAUCUGAUUUUAAAGAAUAUUUCAAGAUUUUCAUAGCAAACGAUGAGAAUACAGUUAAAAAGAAAGAACAUCUGGUUCAUCCUGCAAUUACUCUCACAAGACAUAAAGAAUAACUAGUCCAGAUUUGAAAUAAAAAAAGUCUUUGGAAACUUAAUAUUAGCAAAAUUAGAAGUAAAUUUUUUUCAUUAAAUUUUUGUGUAAAUAUCAUUUGAUCAAUAGAAUAGCAAC